UUUUGUUUUUGUUAUUUGAAUUUAGAAUAUUUUGAAUUUGUUGGUUUAUUGAAUUUGGCCGGGGCAAAAGCAUUCCGCUGACCCCCGAGUACUCAAAUUCCGAACUCUCCAAAGAACUAUCGAACGCAGGUCGUGUAAUCGUGGAAAAGUCAAUCAGAAAACUACAACGCGGAGAGUCCUACGACCACUGUCAAUCGUUUGACGACAAAAAGUUUGUUAUCGACAAGAACGGGAAGAUUUUCGAACGCAAGAAGAAAGGCCGCCUGUACAGUCUAGGUGGUAAUGAUCCACCGCGGAAGUGUAAUCGCGGCCGGCUGGACCGGCUCAAAACCGUCGGCACGUUCGACAUCACCAACGAAAUCUCGCGACUCAGUCAGAAAACGAUGAACCUGAACGAACGCAUCAUCGGUAACCAACUGUUUGCCCAAACCGUUGACGAGGUCUCUACCACUGUCAUAGGUAGUGCCGCCGGUGGUAUCGGUAUCGGAUUGGUCCCAUGCAUAGCUACGGCAACCUUCGGAGCUCCUUUGACCAAUGCCGGUACCGAUACGACCGAUCAUCCACCACAGCAACAACAGCUCAGUGGCGUUAUCCGACCGGGUAACGGUCCAACACUGUUGAAGCAAAACACCGAAAUCAUCCACCUAUCGCCUCAUCAUCACCUGCCACCCAAUCAUCCACUGGUGCUGCAACAACAGCAACAGCAACUGAAAGCCGCCAAAAGCCGAAGCCUAAGUACGGGUUCCUACAUUACUAAAGAAUCGAGUGUUCAAUCUAGCAUAGAGAAGAUUAUCAAAUCCAAUAGCAAUUCCGAGCUGAACGAGAACGCGCAAAAGACGAUCGACACAAUUCCGAAGAACAAAUCAUUAGAAGAUAGUAGAACUAUGAAGCUCAACCAGUCGCACUCGCCGUUGCGCAAACCGAUUCUGCGCAAGUCCAAGAAGAUCAUCCGAACCGAUUCGGAGUUCCUCAAGGGCAACAUCUACGAGAAGGAAUCGAGCCUGUCGAGCUCGCAAUACACACCGACACACGAGAAGCGGCGAGAGUUCGCCGAGUACCGUAGCAGCAAUCCAUCCUCGGAAACGCACAAAUCGACCGACGAAAGUUCGAAAAACAUUUCAACGGACGAAAUCGACACGGUGUUCUCCGACACGAUGGAGUUGGAGCAAAUGGAAGCCGACUACAAGAUGCAUUUGAAGAACAACCUCCAGCGAGAAUACAAAAGCGAUAGCGAUACCCUAGACGAGGUGGGGAAGAAACAACCUGACUACAACACGUGGAAAAAUCAAAGUUACGAGAAUACGUUUGACAUUUUCGAAGAGAAAGAUCAGGAGCCAGAAGAAAGUGGGAGCUCUGCAAAACCAGCACUUAGACCUGAAGAAGAUACGAAGAAAGAGAAAGAAAGAUCAAAGAGUACGGAAACCAACAUCACACGAAAAUCUAGCGAAACGGACCUGAAAUCCAAACGAAGCGCAGACCGGCCGACGGAGCUAGAGCUAGGAACCUCGUCGGACGGUAGCAAACACCCUUCGGUGGACGGUUCCUUCGGUCAUAUCUUCGAGAAAAAUCUCGGCCGAUUCAAAAAGAUGAACAAACUGCUCAAGUGCAAGCGUUUCAGCACUUCGGCUCUGUACGACAAGAAGAAUAAACCAAACUUCAAGGAGACCAUUUUCUUUGAAGGCAAAACCUCACCGGCAAAGACAACCACAGAGCCAGCCAUACGAUCGCCCGUCAAAUCCUACCACUCGCAGUCCAAAGUAUCGAUCACCUCUUCCAAGUCUUCCCUCUUCGGUACGAAGAAAAGCAACGUGUUCACCCUCAAAGGAAAGAAGUUUCUAUUCCCAACAAGCAACAACGCCGCUACUAACGGCAAUGGGAAAACCUCCCCGAACAAGUCCAAAUCCAACAACGAGAUCAGCUACUUCCGAACCAAGUCUACCAAGGGUUCGAAAAAGUCGCUGAAAAACAAUAGCACAGCGUGCCUGAAUCUGGAAACUACGUGUACAUCGCCACUCUCAGAGGCAUUCUACAAUACGACGGGGAGCGUGCGGCUCAGCGCCAUGGAACUGUACGAGAAAUUUUGUUCCCAGGAUUUCAGCGGGCUAUACAAACACGAAGCGCUGCGAGGUGAUCAGGGAGACGGUCAGGAAGGACCGCACUCGGGACAGUACGAUCCGAACCGUAGCCUGGGAGCGAUACGGAAGUAUAAGCGACGAAACUUCAAGCUACUGCGACAGAAAAGCGAACCGAAAUUCUCCUUCAGAACCGAUACGUUGUACGAGAAUGAAGACAGUUAUGACGAUACAUGCUAUCCGGAUGAAGAGCAGAAGGACGAAUACGAGGUGGAGGAUUACAAUCAGUUUCUGUACGAUGAGCAGUAUUAUGAGGAAGAUUUAGAAAAUCUUAGCAUAGAGAAUAUUUACUACCAGGGUAAUCUGGUGCGAGAGGACGGUACUGUAGUGGAGGCCUAUCAGUACCAUGAGGAAGUGAUGGAAGAUGAAGAGGAAACGGAGGAAGAAGAGGAGGAGGAGGAAGAGGGAGAAGAAGAAGAGGAGGAAGAAGAAGAUGAGGAAGAGCAUUGUGAACGAGGAAUAGCGAUCAUUGAUGAGAGUUUACAACCACCGCAAAUCGAUAUGGCCACAUCGAUGGAUUCUGACUGUGAUGAGAUCUACUUGAUGCCUCAGAAUGAGUCAAAGAAGUUGAUCAUACAUGAUUUCCUGUUUCACCAUAGUAAUAACGAGUUCGACAACGUCGAUGAUGAGUUCGAGGUCUCGGAAGAAGAUCUGGAGCCGAUCGACACGGGUAGAGAUCAGGAUACACUGACCAUUUAUAAGAUAUGCUCCAAAGAGAGCAUCCUAAGCUCAAAAGGUGAUUUAGACAAUACUGGGCGGAGUUCGUCGCUUGAUCCGUAUUUCUUAAAGUCGGAUUGUCUGACGGCACUGGAGCGCACUGCCUCAUUGGAAUUGUUAAGUAACUCCAGUGGUACGUUGAAUAAAUCCACUUUGACGGACUACGCAUUUGAUACGGUUAAAAACGCUAACCUAGACAGCUGUAGCACGUCGAGACUAAGCCUAUCGCUAAAAAGUGAAAUAUUCGAAGAAACGCUUGCAAAUGGAGCAAAUGAUGGAUCAGGUGAGAUUAAGCAAAUCAAGAACUGGAACAUCGAGGACUUUACGUUAACUCCUGAUGGAUCGUUCUCGGACGAAACCAUGAAUGAGCUGCUGAAAACUCAUUUGGCGGAAGAAACCGACAGCAAAACUCCAACUGAACCACGAGAGACUGUAGUACCUAAUUCAGAAAUGGCUCAAACGGAGAAUCCAAAUCCGUCAACGAGUGAGUAUACAAUAAUCGAUCUGGACGAAGAACCGUACACGAUGGAUCCCACGAUAUCGGAUUUCACGAACGAAAUAACCAAAGAAUUCGACCUGUUGUUUUCGCGUGCCGAAACGGAGUCCCGUGCCGCUAGCUACUCUGGAAGUCCUGUAUACGGCGAAGAGGAAGACGAUGAUCAGCAGGCAGUUCAACUGGGGCCCCUGGACGUGAUUGUGACGCCUAUUGUGAUCGACCUACCCACUCGCUACUCAAUGCAGAAACUAGAGCCCAUCAACCUAGACGAGGAAGAUAUAAAGAUAACCAGACAUACCGAGGACCAACUCAAAACGCAACACGAUAGUGCCAAAGUAGUAUCCGUAGUAGAUAACAAGAGUAAUAAGGUAGAUAAACAUAAAGCUUCAGAGUCGAAUCGACCGACGGUUGCAGCCCCGGUUUCGACCGGCGGUGAUCGUUUGCGGAAGGCUCGAAGUCAAUCCCUGGGUAACCUUAAGAACAAAACCAAAUGUUUUCCAUUAUAGAAGUUAAGAAACGCUGUAAUUAGUCGACUAGCUGUAUAGUGAAUGUGAACAGGUCGUCGGUUUGUGUUUCUGUUUCUACUCCGCGGCUCGCCAUUUUUUGUUCGGCGUUAGUGUGUUAGAAAGUGGUUAACGCAUAUGUAUUGAGACAGAUGUAAUGGCGAAAAUGUAACGAGAAAUGUAAUCUCUAAUGUAUCCUAUAUGGUGAGAAUUUCAAUCCGGCGCCCUUUUAUACGUUACGAUGAUUCUACAGUUACAGUGAUAUAAAAACCCUCACCUCUCAUUUGAAUUGUUAAAUAGAAGCCGGCAAAACGUAGCCAAAAUCGUUCGUCAACUCAUCGCCAUCAUCAAAUCAAGAAGAAAAAAAAUUGUAAAUUAAAACCAGAAAAGAUGACAUGUUCUAAAACUCAAAUAGUUAAUCCCAAUUGCAAAGAAUGUGUGGAACACUUCUUUCGGAAUCUCUAAGUAUAAGAUAACCCUAAUAGGCAUUGAAAAACACACACACAAACAUACCGAAUUCACUCUUUCCCCUUUCUCACACACCCAAACGCGAACACUUUUACACACAUGAAACGUACACAUCCAUACUUAUAGUAGAAGAGAUGAAAAUCAUACAUUUAUACAUAUUCCAUUUGUUACUUACUAUAUAUUUUUUGAAGGAGAGGUUUAUUAUGGUCGUACACCAGUGAAGAAGAGAUUCUUUAAAAGAAAUAAGUAAAUUUGAUUAACAUAGACUUCUUAUAGCGAAAAAAAUGAAGAUUUAUACAUAUUACCUUGAAAAUUUGAAAAACUAGUAGUUAAAGAUAAAACCAAAGUGUGAUACAGUGAAAGAACAGUGGUUAAUUGUUGUAAUGCAGUCACAGACGUCUUUAAAAGACGGUAAUUAUUACUUUGUUGAAUGUGAAAUUUAUAUAUGAAAAAAUGUAAACCCAACUCGGUGUUGUUUGCUCGGAUUGAGAAACGUUAGAAGAAAGACAGAAACGCGUGAUUUUGGGAUUCAAAGUUACAAUACAUGGGAAAACAUGGAAAUGAAAGUUAACUUUUGUAUCAUCUUUAAGAGAAUCCCAUAUUUUUAUACAAUCAGCUUUUAAACUACUUCUGUGGAUGAAAAGUCUCUCAGCAAAGCUUGUAAUUUUCUAACAUGAUACAUAGCGAGAAAAGAAAAUUUUAUAAGAUACAUAUACAACUUUUAACCAACAUCAGCAGCAAGUCAACAACAGUAGACUCUCCUUCGUAAUGGCCUUAAACCAAUUGAAAAGUAUUCCAAGAACGCAUUAUAGCAGUUUGUCAACUCACUUUGAUUAUCAUAACUGAAUCACUCUAACUCAUUCUUCAGACAAAAAAAAACAAAAUGACCAACAUUUUUAACUUGAUAACUACUGCAAGAAACAUCUUUUAAACGAAAAUCCUAGAAAGCAUUAAAAUACAUUACGAUGUAAUAACAGACUGUAACUGAACUGUGAACCGAAGCCAAAGCUCAUAUACUAUUCUUUGUUAGUUCUCAAACUUUCUGUAAAAAAUAACUUAUUCAUAAUCUUAUCAAACAUUGCUUCGCGCUGGAAUGAGUAACAAUAUAAAUUUCAAGCGAUGGUAAACCUAUUCCGCAAAACCCUAACGAAGGCAAGCAACACCGAGUUACCAGUCCACCAUUAUUGUUGUCAAUGAUUGUCAUUAAGCGUUUUAUAUACAUACCUACGUAUCAAAAUGGCGGCAAACAACCGAGCAAAACCCUUACGUUUCAAGUCCAAUUUUGUAUUGUUCACUGGUUCCGCUGCAAUAGAAUCAAAUUGACUCCGACAAAAUUCCCGUACCAACUCUUUUUUCACGCGAGUGAAUUUCACACGAUUUAUUAGAAAUAGUAGGCGCUACCACAUAACAUCCAAUGUAUCCAAUAGAAACGAAGCAACGCGGACAAAAACCGAAAGCCGUAACAUCCAUAGGUGUGAUUUGUAACGUUAAUGUGUACAAAAUUCCUCUCUUUUGUAUGAAACCAACGGCAUCGUGGCCGUAAAACACAGAAAAAAUCGCAGUUGAUGCACAAAACCAUAAAAAUUUAUAUGAUUGUUGUUAAAUGUUUUAUGUUGUUUGUAUAACAUUUAAUAAAAUGCAAACGUUUCCUACCAUACGCAGUGCUUGCGUCUGUACCUCCCACGUGGUCUUUAGAAAGGACAAACCAGAUGCAAUUCCUAUAGGCCUUUUGGAGCUCUGCAAUCUUUGUACGUUUUGCCUCAUACUCAAACGGGAGUGGAAACUACUGCAACCCAAUUUGUUGGCCUCCGCGAGUUCAGAACAUAAUUCUACCGCUGAUGCAACACACGAACAUGUGUAAGCGAACAAAUUGUUUAAUCGGAUUAAGCAUAAACGUUGUUAUUGUUAAAAUUACCUAUAUUCAUAUUUUGACACAAGGAAUCCACUAUUUACUCCUUUGGUAAAUGUUGUUUGAUUAACUUUCCCUUAUUUCUGUCUAUGUUAUUCAGAAAAUACAAGAAUUCAAUCAAAGAGGAAAUAUUCGUACAGUUUAACCAGAACUGUACAUUAUAGUCCAUUACGCCGACUAGCGUUCGUGCCAAUUCAUAGUGUUGAUCUCCUGAACAAUUUUUUUUUUCAAAUAUUUGCUCAUACUCUUCUUUACCGUUAGCAACACUACAGAAGCUAUAUAUGUACUACAAAUAAAGAACCGAAUUUUAUUUAACUUACAUAGACAAACCAAACCAAACUAAACUUUACGACAAAAAUUCCUUUUGUUACAUUUAUAACUAGGUGAGAAUGAAAACAAUAUUUUUAUAGGAAAUAAACAAAAAAAAAACUAUAUAAAUAGUAAAAUCAAGAUAA